UGUAUUCGUAUUCAUAAAACAAUUCUGCGUUUGGAAACAACAAUAAAAUUCUUCUAUUGAUGUCGUCGCCGGAAUAUAAUGCCGCCCAGGCAUCCAAGUCAUCCCAGGCAGCAGAGGAAGUAUCGGCACACGAUUAUAUCGAGUUGAAAACAAUGCAAGAUGUGGAGGCUCUGGAGCAAAAGCAGCUUUAUUUGUACAUCGAGAAAUUACAUGGAAUCAUUCGGAAAUACGACACCAAAAUAGCAAUAUACAAGAAGAAACUAAAACACUUUCUGAGCAAGGAAACAAAGAGAACUGAGGAAAACGGGGAAUUGGAGGAAUCGCUGAAGAGCGAAGGAAACGGACAGAAACAGGAGGAGAAAAAGGAGGGAGAAGAGGCUGUUAAGGAACUUUCGGCCAGUGAUGCAUUUAGCUUUGUGGAUGAAAUGCGUCAGGCAGCGAAGCACGCAGAGAACCUUAACAGCUUCGUCUAUGAGCCCACAUCGGGCAUGUACUAUGAUCCAAAGACGGGCUACUACUAUAAUGCGGAAUACGGGCUUUACUACGACGGAAAUACGGGCUGCUACUAUAGCUAUGAUCAGGCUAAAGAUUCGUACGAGUUUCACUCGCAGGCGCAGGUGCAGGAAAAUGCUGCGGCGUCAGGUGAUAAUGAUAAUGAUGAUGAUGGUGAUGUCCAGGACAUUGAUGUUGAGUUCGAUGAGCAUGGUGGUGUGAUAACAGACAUGAAGACAUUGCAACAGAUCAAGGCUGAGAAGCAAAAGGUCAAAGAGCGUGCUGAGAAAAGCAAACGCAAGGCGAAGAAGAAGCAUAAGAAGAAGCGCAAGAAGGAACAUCGUCAUAAGUCCAGAAAACGACACAAACAUCGAGAUAGCGAUGAGGAUGAGAAUGAAAAUAAAACCAAAGAGGACACAGGUCGCAGAAAGAAGAAGGCACGCAAAACUUCACACGAUGUUGAAGACGGCGAACUGUCGCAAUCGUCGAGCAGUUCCAGCUCCGAUUCCCAUACCCGAUCCAGCGACAAUGACAGCAGCAACAGCGACCAGGAAAUUGACCAGGACAAUGGUGUGCCUCUCUUUAAAGCCUCCGGUCGCUUUCAAGAUAUUGCCAAAAAGUAUCCACCCUCGCUCCGCAUCAUUGUGCAGGAGACGAAUGUGCAGGAACUGACAGUUGGCAGCUUGCAUUUGAUAACCUAUAAAGGCGGAUCUCUGGGCCGCGAAGGAGCACACGACGUUAUUAUACCAGAUGUGAAUGUCAGCAAGUGUCAUUUGAAUUUCCACUAUGACACUAAGCAGGGUAUUUACAAAUGUCGUGAUUUGGGCUCCCGCAAUGGCACCGUUCUCAAUGGCGUCCGCGUGGAGAGUGAAACAGUCCAGGAUCUGGUGCACGGCAGUGUUUUGGGCAUUGGUCAGACCAAGUUACUUUGCCACAUACACGAGGGCAACAGCACCUGUGGAUUAUGUGAGCCGGGCUUGUUGAUUGAGACGCCAGUGCCCACAACAACAACAACAAAUGCAUCCAAUGUACUUUCCCAUAAGGAACAGCUAAAGAAACUUCAAAAGAAGUACGGCCUGGAGAAUGAGAAAUUCUUGAAAACGAACGCCAGCUCUAAUCCAAAUUAUAAUGACCGUAGUGCUCAAAGACGCAUAAAGGUAGGAAGUAGCACGGAUAAGGAAAAAACCGAAGUGGCGUGUGUGCAUACUGAGAUUGCCAGUUCAAACAAGGGUUUUAAAAUGCUCAGUAGACUGGGCUGGCAAAAGGGCGACACUUUGGGCAAAAGCAAUCAGGGACUGCUUGCACCUAUCAAUGUGGUGGCUAAUGAGGGCACUACCGGACUGGGCAGCAAUGAACCAAGUGCCUCUCGACCCGUGGAUAAGCGGAGAUUAGCGAAUCUUAAGAUUACACAGGCUCGAUAUCAAAAAGCCAAUGAUAUAUUCUUAUUAUCCGAUGAAAGCGAUUGAUAAGCAAGUUAGUUUGAAACACACAUUUAAUAAACAAUUGCUCAUACAUUUAAUGAUCAUAAUUAUACAUAUAUAUUGUAUAUAGUAUAUAAAGAUAAGGGUAUACAAAUGUAUACAUAUUACGUAGUUAAAAGAUCUUGCUAUGUAAGUUUAAGCUAUCAGUCGAAUUAUUAAUUAAAAUAGCUUCACUCAUAAACACAAUUAGGGUACUCACUUAACCCAGGCAUCCUAGCAGAUGCCCAUUUUUAAACCGUGAAUGGCGCUUUACUUUGCAGUCACAAUAUGAUUUAGUAAGAUAUUUUAUAAAGAGGACAAUAGCUCAAAUGUGUACAAAAAACAGUUGACUGGCGCUAUUCACGUUUUAAAAAUGGACCAUGUGCCAUGUGCUAGAAUGCCAGGGUUAAGUGAGUACUCCAAAUAUAAAAAUUAAAAAGAAAAAAAAUUCACAUAUAUAUAUAUUUAUAUAUUUCGAGUAAUAAAUAAAUUAAAUACAUUCGCUUAGCUCUAUUAUCUAAGUAAAGAUAAAUGUGCCAAUCAAAUUAUAUUAAUUAA